AUGAAUCCGAAGAACAAUGCCGUCGACAGUAGGGAAUUCCAGGCAAUACUAGAUGGUUUAGAUGAAGAAGAUUAUCUAGAAGAAAAAAUUGCCGGGAAGAAAAGGUGGUUGAGUUCUGGUCAAGUGAAGGCAGUGGAGAAGAUUUUCGAGGUAGAUAACAAGCUUGAGCCAGAGAGGAAAGCAAAAUUAGCUGCUGAACUCGGUCUCCAACCGCGACAGGUUGCCAUUUGGUUCCAAAACCGACGUGCUCGUUGGAAGACAAAGCUAUUAGAGAGAGAUUACAGUUUCCACAGUUCACAGAUAAGUUUAAUGGGAAGAAAAACUUCUUCCUUUGGCAACGGAGAAUGA